AUGGAGGCUUCCCUGUUGAGCGGGUUCAUCAAAACCAUCCUGCCGAGGCUCUUCUCACUGGUAGAAGGGAAAUACAAGCUGCACAAGGGCCUCAAGAGCGACAUCAAAUCCAUGGAGAAAGAGCUCCGUAUGAUCGCUGUUACGAUCGAUGAACAGGUCUCGCUGGGGAGGAAGGAUCAAGGAGCUGUGCUGAGCCUGUCAAUUGACGAGCUGCGUGAACUGGCUCAUCACAUCGAGGACUGCGUAGAUCGCUUCUUGUACCAUGUGACCCGGGAGCAGCAAACAUCCUUGUUUCGUCGGACCGUUCGGUCGCCGAAGACUCUGCUGUCCCGUCAGCGGCUGGCUGCCGAGGUCCAGGUCCUGAAGAAGAUACCGGAGGAGGCGCACCAGAGGGAGAAGAGGUACAGGGUCUUCGCCGGCCUUUCCUCCUCUACCCAGCAUGCUGAAUCGUCUUCCUGUUCGUCUGGAUCUGAUCCGCACACCCUUAAGGCCGACAUCGUCGGCAUCGACGGUCCCAGGGACGAGCUUGUGCAUCAGUUGACCGAGGAGGCAGAGGGACUAACAAAGCAGCUCAAGAUUAUCUCCAUCGUCGGGAUCCAUGGCUCCGGCAAGACCGUCCUUGCCAGAGAGGUCUACGAGAGCGACGUCGGCCGGCAGUUCAGUCUGCGGGCGUGGGUUUCUGCUACUGACAGGGGUCCGAGAGAGGUGCUCAUGGAGAUCCUCCAAAAAUUUGGCAGGCCAGUGGUGGAUAACUCUAGUGUUGACCAGCUUACGGUAGAUCUCAGGAAACACUUGGGUGAGCAAAGGUAUUUCAUUGUAAUUGACGACAUGCAAACAGAUCAGUGGAGUACCAUUGAAGCUGCCUUCCCAGAAGAUAAUGUUGUUAGCAGCAGAGUAAUGGUGACAACAACUAUCCAGUCAGUGGCUAAUGCUUGCAGCUCUUCUAAUGGUUAUGUGCACAAAAUGAGAAGACUUGGCAAUAAACACUCAGAGCAAUUGUUUAUCAAGAAAGCUUGCCCAACAAAAUAUUCAGGUUAUACUCGACCAGAAUCAAAAGAAGUUCUGAAGAAAUGUGAUGGCCAACCACUUGCUCUUGUUACCAUGGGUCAAUUCUUGAGGAAAAAUGGUUGGCCCACAGCACCCAACUGCGAAGAUGUGUGUAGAGAUCUUAGACGUCAUCUGGAGCAGGAUGAUACAUUGGAGAGAAUGCGAAGGGUGCUUAUCCACAGCUUCUCUAGUCUUCCUGGCCAUGGUCCCAAAGCCUGCCUUUUGUAUUUUGGUAUGUUUCCAUCUGAUCAUCCCAUAAAGAGGAAGAGGCUGCUGAGGCGAUGGUUAGCAGAGGGAUUUGUAGAAGCACAGCCUUCAUCUAGUGAAAAUUUUAACACCCUCAUAGACCGGAACAUUAUUGAGCCCAUCAGCAUAUGUAACGAUGAUCAGUUUCAACUUUCUGAUAAAGUCAAGAUAACAAGUGACAUCCAGAAGUUUUUCUUGACUGAACAGAGUAACUUAGAGACAUUUGCAGGAUUUGUCACGGAUGGGUGUCAAGGAUUUCCACAAAUCAUGAAUUACAUGACGAAUUUGAGAAAGCUUAAGAUGUGGCUUGAGAGGAUUUGUCAUAUCGAUCGCGGGUCUCCGGAGUUGUGCCUUUCAUCAAAGAAAUUGACAGCGGGCCUCCUUGCAGCAUUGGCUAACUUGAAAGACUUGCAGCAUCUCAAGCUGAUUGCGUAUGUCCUUGAAGAUUUUAUCAUUGAAGAUCAGGCAUUGCCCGGGCUGCUACACCUGUGUUUCGUCCUGCAACGUGCCACGUUACCAACAAUUGAAGAAGGAGCUUUGCCGUACCUCAUCUCACUUAAGCUAAUCUGCAAAGACCUAGUUGGUCUUGCUGACAUCAAAAUCAACCGUCUCACAUGUCUUAAGGAAAUCAGUCUAGAUCAUAGAGUUGCUUUGGAAACAAGAGAAACCUGGGAAAAAGCUGCCAAGGGGCAUCCAAACAGGCCAAAAGUACUGUUGGUCAAUGCAGGUGAUGAAAGCGAAAGUGAGGCUGCAGACUGUUCUGUUGCUUCAACGCCAGCUGUGAGUGAGGCUAAUGAAACUUCUCCCACAUCAGAGGUUGCUGUACAAGUGGAUGACAUUCAGAUGACAGUUAACCAGGGGCCGUCUGCGGCUCCUGAGAAACAGAAGAAUUGUGCAGUUCAGCCAAGUUCAAAAGAUGAACUGGACUCUGCUAUCAAUAAUAUUGGUUUCCCGGAGGUCGCGCUUGGCUUAACCGAGUUGUCAAUUGCUCGGAAUGGAAAUGUGUCUUCUUACACCUAUUGA